AUGGGAUCUCUGUUGCAGUUGUCGGACGUCGCCGACUUGAUUCCACGCCGUGAUGCUAACGACUUCCGGGAAAGAGUCAAACACCUGCUCGGCCGCUCAUCGACUCACUUUCCAGGCGCCCAGCCAGUGAGCUUUUCGCGCCGUCAUUUCAGAGACUUGCAAGACACGGAUUACUAUCUCUGCGAAAAGACUGAUGGUAUCCGCUGUCUCCUCUACUUCACUACCUUCACCGACGGCAACAAUCACCUCGAAGCUCACAUGCUCAUCGAUCGCAAAAACGACUACUACAACAUCGACAACGAACACUUCCACUUUCCCUUACCCGACGGUCCCGACGCCAGCUAUCACACAGAAACACUUCUCGAUGGAGAACUUGUUUUGGACACGCUACCGAACGGGGAACAACAGAAGACGUAUCUGGUUUUCGACUGCCUUGCUGUCGAUGGCAAGUCUCUACAACAGCGCACUCUCGACAAGCGACUGGGAUAUUUCCAUGAGUCCGUACUGAAGCCCUACAACAAACUCUUGAGUCGAUACCCCGAGGAGAAAGAGCUGCAACCUUUUGUCAUCACUGCAAAGAAGAUGGAAAAGGCCUACGGUGUCAUGAUGAUGAUCAAGGACGUUUUGCCAAAGUUGCCACACGGUAGCGAUGACCCGAAGAUAAUCAAAUGGAAGCCACCCCAUGAGAAUACGAUCGAUUUCCGGUUACAGAUGGGCAAGUUUCCCUCCAUCACAGAGGACGGCCAGACUUUUACAGACUACGAUGCUUGCCCACCCAUGGAUUUGUUAGUGUUCCACGGCGACAGGAGGAACGAAGUGUUCGCAAAGCUUCAUGUGACUGAAAGUGAGUGGGAGAGCAUGAAGGGCAUGCAACAGAUCCUGGAUGGACGAAUUAUCGAGUGUCAUAAGGACGAACAAGGUCGAUGGCGUUACAAGAAAGAGCCGAAUGGCGAGCCGCGCUUCAGAGAUGACAAGACGGAAGCCAACCAUAUCACCACGGUCGAGAGCGUUUUGGAGAGCAUCGAGGAUGCGGUAAGCGAACAAGAUCUAUUGGACAAUGCCAAAAUGAUCAAUGCGCAUUGGAAGAGACGCGAGGCCGAGGCGGCAAGACCGCAAGCAAAUGGCGUGCCACGGUAG